UAAGAAACUUUCUUUUUAUCAAACUGAGGUUUCAUAGGUUUAGGCUAUAACAGUCGGAAGCCAGUUUUUUUAACGGGAUGACCACCACAAUUCCCAAAAUGGUAGCGGUCGCUUUCGAUUCUGCCGUGUCGAUGAGCAAGUUUCGCGGUUGCAUGCUGGGCGCCUUACUUGGCGACUGCCUGGGCUCACCGUACGAGAACGAAGAGUCCGUAUCGAAGGUGGUCCUUCAGAAGUACUUCGACAAGAUGGAAGGACCUCCGUUCAAAGCACCUGUCAAAAAAUAUACGGAUGAUACCGCAAUGACAAAGUCUGUCGCUGAAUCGCUCAUUCAGCAUGGGGCAUUCGACGAGAAGGACAUGGCUAAAAGAUUUAUAACUGAAUACUUCAAAGAGCCAAAGCGUGGGUACGGGCCUGGGGUUGUCAAGGUGUUCACAAAACUAAAAACCAACAAACUCGAGGAUUUGUGGACACCGGCCAAAGAACAGUUCGAAGGCCAGGGUUCUGCUGGAAAUGGUGCAGCAAUGCGAAUCGCCCCUGUCGCCCUUUUCUGCCAUGACAAUGAAGACCUCCUGAUCGACACAGUAACCAAAUCGGCAAAGCUGACCCACACCCACCCACUUGGUAUCAACGGAGCAAUAUUGCAGGCCCUCGCAAUCAAGCAUAGUUACAAUCAUGACCCAAAAACUCCAAUUGAUGUAGACAAGUUUUCAACUUAUCUACUUGAAAAAAUGACUGCUUUAGAAGACAAUAAUUCUAUGUCAGAUAAUGAGGAGGAAUGUUACAAAACACAACUUGAAAUUGUACAAAAACUGCUUAAAGUCGGAGAAGUGUGUGAUGAUGAGGUCGUCCAAGCUCUGGGGAAUAAUGCCUUAGCAAUUUUUUCCGUACCUACUGCAAUCUACUGUUUCCUACGAUCAUUAAGGCCAAUAAACAAAAUUGAUACGGACAACCCAUUUAGGAGGUGUAUACAGUACAGCAUUUCCUUAGGAGGUGAUACAGACACAAUAGCCAGCAUGGCAGGUGCCAUAUCUGGCGCAUAUCAUGGUGACGAGCUCAUAAAUUCAAGUUUAAAGAGCCAAUGUGAGGCUGACGCGUAUGUUCAAGAACUAGCCGACAAUCUCCAUCACGUUAAAUUCGGCUAGUAAUGUGUAGAUAACAAAAACAUUGUGCCUUUAGGUUUUAAUUUUUUGUUGUUAAAUAGAAAGAUGAAAUUUUA